UGUUGAAGCACUGGAGAAGAUCUGGAAACAGCAUGUACACACCCCUUCCCCAGAGUGGCUCUCCAUUCCCGGGCUUGGUGCGCUCUCCUGGCCUGCACAUCUGGCGGGUGGAGAAGCUGAAGCCAGUGCCAGUAGCUCGCGAGAACCAGGGCAUCUUCUUCUCCGGGGACUCCUACCUUGUUCUGUACAAUGGCCUGGAAGAGUUCUCCCACCUGCACAUGUGGAUAGGCCAGCAGUCAUCCCGAGAUGAGCAGGGGGCCUGUGCUAUGCUCGCUGUGCAACUCAACACCCUGCUUGGGGAUCGGCCUGUGCAGCAUCGAGAGGUGCAGGGCAAUGAGUCCGACCUCUUCAUGAGCUACUUCCCACAUGGCGUCAAGUACCAGGAGGGCGGAGUGGAGUCGGCAUUUCACAAGACCUCCCCAGGGACCACCCCAGCUCCCAUCAAGAAACUCUACCAGGUGAAGGGGAAGAAGAACAUCCGUGCCACAGAGCAGGCGCUGAGCUGGGACAGUUUCAACACUGGGGACUGCUUCAUCCUGGACCUGGGCCAGAACAUCUUCACCUGGUGUGGUGCAAAGUCCAAUAUCCUGGAGCGCAACAAGGCGCGGGACCUGGCCCUGGCCAUCCGGGACAGUGAGCGACAGGGCAAGGCCCGGGUGGAGAUUGUCACCGAUGGGGAGGAGCCUGCUGAGAUGAUCCAGGUCCUGGGCCCUAAGCCUGUUCUGAAGGAGGGCAACCCUGAAGAAGACCUCAUGGCUGAUCAGGUGAAUUCCCGCACUGCAGCUCUGUACAAGGUCUCUAAUGCCACUGGGCAGAUGAACCUGACCAAGGUGGCUGAUUCCAGCCCCUUUGCCCUGGAGUUGCUGGUAUCUGAUGACUGCUUCGUGCUGGACAACGGGCUCUGUGGCAAGAUCUACAUCUGGAAGGGGCAAAAAGCUAACGAGAAGGAGCGGCAGGCAGCCCUCCAAGUGGCUGAGGACUUCAUCUCACGCAUGCGGUACCCCCCAAACACUCAGGUGGAGAUUCUGUCCCAGGGUCAUGAGAGCCCCAUCUUCAAGCAAUUCUUCAAGAGCUGGCAAUGAAGACAUGGGCGAGGCGGAGGAAAGUGGCAGCAUAGAAGCGGUUCACCACGGGGAUCACCUUUUGCUGACGAUUACACUCCCUGCAGGACAGGGAGACGAUCUGCUCAGCACUGAACAGAAGCCAACCUGGGGGCUGUCUGCCCUCUUUCCCCAGGGGAGCCACUCCCCAGGCAGCCUUCACAUCAGAGGUCAGGGUUAGGAGGAGAGAUAGGCCAGGAGACUAGCCCACAGGGACUUUGUCAAGCAGUGUCCCCCAGCAGCCAGCAGGUAAGGAAGAGAGCCAGGGACAAUGAGAAUGAGGCAGCAGUGGGAGGGGACCAGGCACAGCUGGUCCCUGUCAGCCGCUGGGGUGGGAAGCAGUGGGGGACUCACCUGGAGAGACACUCCUCCCUUAAGGCCUGGAUUGCAAUGCGGGUAAUGUUCACAGACAUCAAACAGAAGGGGAAUUGCUGGAACGAAGGGGAUCCCAGGUUAGUGGCAACCCACGCUCUUGCCUUCUGUUUCCUGUCAUGACCUAGCGUGGCCCUCUGGUAGGAACAGCAAUCAUAACCCAGAGGCAGCAGCUAAUAUUGAUGCUUACACUUAAUUUUCACAAUAAUUUUCCAUCCACCUUACAGAUGAGGAGACAGGCUCAGUGGGCUUCAAUAAAUUUCCUAAGGUAUUAGAACCAGGAUUCUAACUAAGGUUAAUUCACUGUAAAGCUGGUCUGCAUAGUCCAUGAUAGUUCUCCAGCCUCUUCAACAUAUCGACCCAUUAGCUCUCCUUGGCCAUCUCCAGACACCCUCGUGGGCCACCUGUGGACCUCAUCACCCUCUGGGAUUAAGAUGAACACGAGGGUGAGGCUCAGUUAUCUAAUUCUAUAUAGGUUCUUAAAAUGUCUCCUCUAGGCAUCUGGGUAUUUGCUCAUAAACACUUCAUCCAACGCAGACAGAGAAGGUACAAGCAGGUAUAAAGCGUUGACUUACUGGCACACCCCAUCUAUCAGAAACACACAGACCUGAGAACUUGCUGUGUAUGUCAAACUCCUGAGAGGAGGCAGCAUGGGGUCCAAAGGUGCUUCACUAGGACGGGCCUCAGAAUCCCCUGUGGGCUCUGCUUUAAUGCUUUAUUUUGGGAAGGACAAGUUCCUUCCUAUUCUUUACUAACAAAAAGCCAAGCAAACGAAAAGGGGCUUUUCCCAGGGAAUUUGCAAAUAUUACAUGGUAGUUUCCGAUGUUGCACAUACACGAGGAUAUCCAUUCAGAGGCGCACACAGAUCAGUGCAUUCCUUAGUUUAGAACAAGAACCAAAGUAUCCCAUCUGCCUCCUCUGAGAAGAAAAUCCAUUACAUUCUGAUGUACAAUUGUGCUGUAUGGUAGCAUGGUAGCUAUUAGCCACAUGGAACGAUUUACUUUUAAAUUAAUUAAAAGUUGAGUAAAAUUAAAAACUCAGUCCUACUAGCCAUACGGGCCACAUGUGCUUAGCAGCUAUGAUAUUGGACAGUGCAGAUAGAGAAUAUUUUGUUAUCGCGGAAAAGUUCUAUUUGACAGCACUGAAUUGCACAGAGCCUUUUGGUUCCACAAAGAUUUUUCUCAGGGUCUUUUUUAACACCUGGAUUCCAGAUCUUGGCCUGGCCACCUGCUGUGUGUCCUUAGGAAGGCCACCCCGACUCUAUGAGACUCAGCUUUCCAUCUCUCAAAAUCAAAAAGGAAGUAAAUUUUGAGGGCUGUGCAGAAAAGAGUCAACACAGCAGGCCUGAGACUGCUACUCUUGGAAGGUGCUGCUUAAAGGUUAGCCCAUGGCUAGUAUAUGGGAACCUGGAUGUUGAGAGGGUUCCCACCAAUCCCUUCAGAUGACUCACUGUGCCUAAACUGUUUGUGCAAACAAUAUGGUUUAUGCGGAACACCAGCUCCCCCUCUGUGAUUCUGGAAUUUUGGUAUGUGCUAGACCGACAGUGUCUGCAUGAUCAGUCCCUAGUAAAAACCUUGAGUACCGCAUCUCUAAUGAGUUCCCCUGGCUGGCAACCUUUCGUGUUGCACCCUUCAAUGCUGGAGGAGUUAAGUGAUCCUGUGUGACUCCCCUGGGAGAGGACUCACGGGGGCUUGCUCCUGGUCUCCUGUGGAUUCUUGUCCUUUUCCUGAUUUUGCUUUUAAUCAAUCAUAGCUGUGAGUAUGACUACAUCCUCCCAGUGAAUCACCGAACCUGGGGUUGGUCCUGCAGACCCCAGCACAAGUGCCAUGCUGGGUGGAGUGAAGUCACUCAUCUUUACAAAACUCUAUGAGAUAGGGUUUGUCAUCUAGAGUUUACAUUUUCUAUUAUCCCACAACCUGCUCCACAGAAUUGCUCUGAGGAGUAAUUUAGAUCACCUAUAGGAAAUACUAAGCACAACACCAGCCUCAGUAGCUGUUCACAAAUGUUCCUAGGUAUCAGCCUUGCCUCAAGAUGGGUAGCUGAGGUCAGCAGCAGUGUAUUUAUACCUUCAAGCACUGCCUACUUCAUUAUCAUAUUUACUUGUAUAAUAUUGCCCCUUCCUUUUUUUUUUCAGUCUAAAAAUAAAUAUGGGACCAAGAAUAUGGUAGCAACAUAAUUAACAGAGGGUCUAAACCUGGUGUUCAUUCAUUCUCAGGAAUAUUCUUGUAAAACCCACUUAUUAAAAAGCAGUGAAAAGCUGGAA